CGUUCGCGAACGACUCUCCUCCCUCAGCCGCGUCGCGCCUUUCUCCAGUCAGGAAAAUAUAACGCGACGGUUCGUGUUUAGUGUCGAUAUGUUUUCAUUAGAGGUUGCUCUGGGUCUCGGAGGGGCUUGUGAUCGUCUCUGUGUGUUUGUGUAGUUCUGUGGACGCGGUUUUACAGUAAAUCUUCUGGAUCGAUGUCGGACUUCACUGCUAACCGUUGACCGAUAAUCGACUGGAGCUCUGUUAUGGAGGCGGUCCUGAAGCGCCUGCAGACGCUGACCUCUGAUCAGCUGAGGGACGAGCUCUCCGGCGCCGGACUCAGAUACGGUCCGAUCACGGCCACCACCAGGAGUGUCUUCGAGAAGAAGCUGGCUCGAGCUCUUCUGGAGGAGGCCCCGGGGCAUUCUGGGAGCUCGUUUCCCGAGGAGGAGGUCCGGCGGCCGGUCGGCGAGCAGAGCCGUGAGGAAGCGAGGUGUGAAGCUGAGGCCCCGGAGCCAAGCGUCUAUUACGGCGUGUGUCCAGAACCGGACGACCCCGCGGCUGAACAAGGAUCGCCGCACGUGUUUGUUGAUAAGACGGAGGCGCUGAAGACGGCGGUGAAGCUGAAAGGAGCUCGAUUCAAAGCUUUCGCCCGGAAGGAAGACGCCGAGAAGUUCGCUAAAGGCCUCUGCGUGUCGCCGAUCAAACCGUCUCCGGAGAAAACCGGCUCAGACGCCGUGAACCUGGAGAAGGCCAACGAGUUUAAGAGUCCUCGGACUCAAGAGCUGACGGCCAAGCUGCGCAGGAGCACCGAGAGAGGAGACGAGGAGGCCUUCAGAGAGCUGGUGUGGGGGAACCCAAGAUACCUGAUCGGCUCCGGAGACAACCCCACCAUACUCCAGGAGGGCUGCAGGUAUAACGUCCUGCACGUGGCGUCUAAAGAGAACCAGGCGGGCAUCGCUCGUCUGCUGCUGGAGACGCUGGAGGACCCUGACUUCAUGCGGCUCAUGUAUCCUAACGACAGCGAGCUGAUGCUGCGGCAGCGCAUGCGGUACAUCGUGGACCUGUACCUGAACACCCCGGACCGCGCCGGUAACGAGACGCCGCUGCACUUCGCCUGUAAGUUCGGCUGCGCGGAGGUGGUGGAUGUUCUGUGUUCUCACCCGAGCCUCGACAAACACCGCAGGAACAAAUACGAGCAGGAACCGUCCGCUGUGAUCUGUGAGCGCAGGAGCAAGAGCAAGGAGCUGAAGCAGAGGAUCUUGGGCUAUUUAGAAGACAGGUUUUACGUGCCUUUGCUGCGAGCAGCUGAUAACACUCUGCCUCCGGUGAUCGGCUCCCCCUGGUGUCUCGGCUCGGAGACCGCCGGUCAGUCACACACACCUGAGAAGAUGAUGGACAGCCCCAAAAACCCCAGAAUGACCCUCACAGCCUUCGCUGGACCCCUGACUUCAUCCAAGGCCGAGGAGUUUCACAGACUCUGGAAGACGCCGCGGCGGGAACGAGCCGGAUACUUCCAUCAGAUCCUGAAGACGGACUCGGAGCGCGGCGCGGAGAGAGUCGGCCGGGAGCUGUCUCGUGAGCUGGGGCUGCCGUGGGCCGAGUACUGGCCGUUCCUGCGCUGCUUCGUCGAUCUGAGCAGCAGAGACGGGCUGGAGAUGCUGGAGGAGCACCUGAGCUCACCUUCAGGGCGUCUGUUCCCGGUCAGAGAUCUUCUUCAGGAGUUUGAGAAGGUGGUUCUGGAGCGGAGCGCUGACUCGGACGAUGACUCCGGCUCCGACGAGUACUUCACCGCCGACGAGGUCCAGACGGACUCCUCCGGCUCCUCGUUCCAGUCCACACACAGCCCCACGGGCCGCCCGGCGCUCGGGUUCAUGGCGGGAGAUUCUCCGAGCAAGCUGGACGGGGAUGUUCUCGUGGCUCUGAAGGACGUGGAGAUCGAGCCGCUCUCAUAUCCCAGCAUCCUCCGCUGGAGGAACAAGAUCCUGUCCUAUUCUCCAUCACAACGACAGAGCUGGCCGUCUCUCUCUCAGAUGGACAGAGACGUGUCCUUCAGACUGGACUGGUUAACCGUCUCUCCCAGGUUCAGAAGUCCUGGCCAGCGGUUCAGUCCUCCGAGCAGACCUUACAGUCGUCUUUAACCAGAGCUUCAGCAACAAACUCUCAACGACUUACGUUUUAUGCAAUUUUCUAUUGUUGCACAGCAAUUGUGUCGCCUUUAAUAACUGCACUAAUUUUCCAGCGUGAUAAUGUUUAUGAAAGCAGGGGGAAAAUGGUGCAUCUUAAAUCUGAUAUAAUAUAUAAAUAUAAUGCGUUAAGGUAUGUUUCCUUGUUACACAAAGAUUUGAGAAAACAGUUCUGUUGCAUUUGUGUUUUUUUAACUAAGUGAAUGAUUUCUGUGUACGUGUAAUUCUUUUAGUUGUUAAGAGUCUGUAGUGUUGCUGCGGGCGCCAUGUUCCGGAGACGCUGUGUUUCGUCGUGAAACUGAAACUACUUUGUGUUUCUAAAAGAGGACACGACUAGCUGGCCAAUCAGAGCACACCUCGCUUUUUUAGAACGAUGAGUUUUGUACAAAUAGACGUGUUUCAGGAGGCGGGGCUUAGAGGAGAAACAGUAAUGUACAGGAUGUGGAAAAUAAUGUGUUUUUAGCCUCAUCAUAUGACCUUUAAUUACAUGAAUCUCGUGUGUGAUGUACUCUGCACCAGCAGGAGGCGCUGUGAGGUCUCAUAAACAUCUGCUUUUACUGUAAUAUUCUCUUCAGCUUACUUCAGAUCAUGUAAAACCAUAAAAACUAUUCAUUUAGUGUGACUUUAUGAAAUCAAAUUGUAUUUUAACUAAAA